AUGAUCUGUUUCUUGAUACCAUGUCAGAUAAUAUGCGUCGUUUUGUUACUAAAUUGUGCCAAAAAGGUAGGUUUUGUUUAUUUUUUGAAUUUUGGAAUUUUCAGUUGUUUACUACCUAUUUUCUUGAUAAUUCUGCAUAACACUGUCGAUUCUAAUAGCUUUUUAAAAUUAAGAAUUUUAUAAGUAGUAAAAUCGAAUACCUUAGAAUAACUUGUUACAGAAAACAUCCAACACACAAAACGGGGCACCUGCCGCUACUGGCAACAACAUACGACCACCAGAACGGAAAGAUACUAUGGCUAACACUGAUGACCCAAAUUAUCAGGUAGCUUAAAAUAUAUCUCUUUUAUAAACAUACUGAAUAUAUGUCUUGAAAUAUCUUAAUAUGGUUUUUUGCAGACUAUGGCCAUUUUUAACGAAAAUCAAGAAACACCUCGACCUCCAGAAAAAGGUGGAAUAGCCAAGUCAAACGAUCCUAAUUAUGAUGUAAGGUCAAUUUUUGUAUAUUUUAAUAUUAAACAAAGAACAUAAUGCUGACUAUGACUGUUAUUUUAGUUUACGAUGGCGCAGUUUACGUUAUCAUUUUACUUGUAAAGUCUUUACUAAAAAUAUUUUCAGACUAUGGUCAUCGUUCCAGACGCCUUCGGCCAAGAGAAAUGA